AUGGCCUCCGCGACCGAAGUCAAGUCUUUUCGGGACCUGUUAGGUGCGCCGCGAUUGACGGCCGGUCCGCAAGACAGCACGCUGAUCAUCAUCGACGCGCAGAAUGAAUACGCGCAGGGAAAUUUGAAAACAGUUAACGUGGAACAAACCCGCAAAGCCAUCGCGGCGCUGCUCGAAAAGUACCGUGCCGGCAGCGACGGGAAGAACAUUGUCCAUGUGGUACACAAGACCCCUGACGGCGCACCGGUGUUCACUCCCGGCACAGCUCUCGCCGAGGAAUUCGAGGAAUUGCAACCCCGGCCUGGUGAGAAGGUGAUCGAGAAGGAACGCGUGUCUAGUUUCACCGGGACGGAUUUGCACGAUUAUUUGACCGGCUUGGGCGAGCGUGGCAAGAAGACCGUGUUGACGGGCUAUAUGGCGCACGUGUGCGUCAGCAACACGGCCAGAGCGGGCGCUGAUCUCGGGUAUAAUGUCGUGCUGGCUGCCGAUGCCAUUGGAGAUAGAGAUAUCCCGGGCCUGACGGGGUCGGAAGUCACAGACGCGGUGCUGAAGGAGUUGGGCGAUGCUUUUGGCACCGUGGUGCAGAGUGCCGAGGUGAAAUGA